AUGGCCUCACAAACCUCACACAUAGAUGGCAGAAGCACUACACCCCCCCGCCGAAUCCGUCGGACAAUUUUCUCCUUUCUGAGUUCGAGAUCCCUCCGGUCCCUCAGGAGGACCAAUCGCCGAAUAAACAGCCUCGUUGCAGCAGAAGGACCUCGGAUGUUCAACGAGAUCCGUUUCCACCUGGACCUACGAGCACGGACACCUCUCAACCAUCAGGUGUUUAUUAGUGCCCUCGGGCGAAUAGGCCACUACGCUCGCCUCCUCGUUAUUACAUUCCAUAAUGUCGGCCCGAUAGAAUUCGGACCCCUCCACUCAGAAGAUCCGACAAGAAAGAGCAGUCUGAAUCCCAUCCCCGCACAAGGACAUUUCGGUCAACACGGGACCUAUAGGCUUGUGGGCCCGGACAUACCCGUCAUGCCUGGGAUAUUUGAGGAUUUAAACCUGGAGUCCAAUGAGGAGGGAUUUUUCAAGAAGGUUUUCGACCGACUCCCCAGGCUUCAGGCACUCUCUAUAAGGUGUAAUCCAAGCGUAGAGCAUCUAUGGGGGAGAACACUGCUUGACGAAGCACUAGUCUACCUCCGCUGUCAAUUCGAGGAAUCGCGACACAUAAUGAGCGGAUUCCUAGUACUGACAACGCUUGACUUGCAACUCCCAACACCACUCGCACUCUGGCACCUACGCUCUUUCCCCGGCUACGGCGAUGGGGGGAAUCCACUGCUGGGUAGAGAAGGUGCCUGGUCGAAUGUGCGGAAUCUAAGUUUAACGCUACCACCAGCUACCAUUGCCGGGAGCUCGGAAAGACAACUUAUCAUGAUGAGAGGGAUUCAAGGCUUCAUUUCAGGGUUCAGUCUCACGCUCGCUAGGUUGAGCAUCACUGGUGGCACGGGAAAUCCACUAACUUAUGAUCUUGGCCCAAACAUCGGGGGGAUGCUUCAACGUACAAGAUUUGGUCAUUUGAGGGAAUUAAGGCUUAAGGAUGUGAAGAUCGACUGGGAGGAUUUGGAAGAAUUUCUGACUGAUCCAAGGAGGGGAUAUUCGGUAUUUAAUCUGGGACUUUGUGGAGUUGAAUUUACUAGGUCGAGUGGAUGGAAAAGGCUAUAUAUGUUCUUUGAGUUGGAGCAUCCAGAAAGGAUGUCCAGGCCUAAUAUGCCGCUGCAAUUGACGAGGAAAUUGCAGUUGUUGAACAAGCCUGGCGAGUUGAGGCAAGGACGGAAAUAG